AUGAAAAUAUGCAUGGCAUCGGACUUCUUUUACCCAAACAUGGGUGGAGUUGAGGAGCAUAUAUUUAACCUCUCGCAAUGUUUACUUGCCCGCGGCCACAAAGUGAUCGUCAUCACGCACUCGUACGGCGACCGAAAGGGCAUCCGGUACAUGACGAACGGGCUGAAGGUGUACUACAUUCCAAUCAAAGUGUUCUACAAUCAAGUUGUGCUUCCUACGAUGAUCUGCAACAUACCGCUACUGCGCUAUAUACUGAUCCGGGAGCAGAUCGACAUCGUGCACGGUCAUUCCGCGUUUAGUACGCUAGCACACGAAGCCAUGAACGUGGCGAAAUUGUUGGGAUUAAGGUCUGUGUUUACGGAUCAUAGUUUGUUCGGGUUUGCCGAUUUGUCCGCAGUAGUUACAAACAAGUUUUUGGAAAUAUCGCUUGCCAACUGCAAUCACUGUAUAUGCGUUUCACACACGGGGAAGGAAAAUACGGUUCUACGCGCCAAAGUGCAUCAGGAUAAGGUUUCUGUGAUACCAAACGCUGUCGAUACGGCUUACUUCACACCGAACCCAUGGCGUAGGCCCAACGAUGAUGAAACAAUCAAUAUUGUGGUCGUUUCUCGGCUCGUGUAUCGGAAAGGCGUGGAUCUGCUAGCUGGAAUAUUGCCAAAGCUCAAACAUCUGCCCAACGUACACUUCAUAAUCGGAGGUGAUGGACCGAAGCGAACACUGCUGGAAGAAAUUCGCGAACGGAACAACAUGCAGGAUCGCGUGGUAAUGCUAGGUGCGCUAGAGCAUGCGAAAGUGCGUGAUGUGCUGAUACAGGGCCACAUUUUCCUAAACACCUCCCUGACGGAGGCAUACUGUAUGGCUAUAGUAGAGGCAGCCGCCUGUGGCUUGCAGGUGGUAUCGACGAAGGUUGGUGGCAUUCCCGAAGUACUACCCACAAGUCUGAUUAUUCUUACCGAACCGACCGUCGAAUCGGUUUAUCGUGGUUUGUGCGAGGCUAUCCGGCGCGAGAAGGAAAAGAAACAAAUCACCAGAAGUCGAUAUCUGAAUGGAUCCAUUGAUGGACUCGUGCCGACACCUUCACGAACGUCCUACACCGGUUUGUGCGCAUUUGAGCGUAAUCAAAUCGUAGCCAAUCUGUACAACUGGAACAAUGUCACCGAGCGGACGGAAAAGGUGUAUAAAACUGCGUGGCAAGAAGCACCGGCCACGCUUGAAUCCAUGAUGAAAAAUUGCCUGAAAAGUGGUGUGUGGCCAUUUGUACUAGUAAUUUCGUUGUGCCAUCUUAUAUUACGGUUCCUCGACUGGUUUGUGCCACGCAGGAAUAUAGACUUGUGCGUUGCGGAAAAUCCAUUCCUCAGUUCGGAUUACGACCGGCAAACGUCACCGGAAGAUGUUCUCUCUACGACGGUACGAAAAAAACGGGAAAAAUUUUCCUGA